CUGCCUUGAUCUUUGAUAUUGUGAAAUUCGUUUAUUUUGCCUGAUUAUUUUCUGAAUUUGACCUCGCUUAUUGAAUUUUCGGUUUUGAAGAUGAGUGAAGUUAGCAGCUGGUUUAAAAAUUUGCCCAUUUUUACCCGACAUUGGUUUGGACUUACUAUUGCAUUGUCACUUGUUGGGAGAUUUGGAAUUCUUAGCCCUAAAUAUCUUGUCUUGGAUUAUUAUGCUUUAUUCGAAUCAUUCCAUAUAUGGAGACCUGCAACUGCAUUGUUUUAUUAUCCUAUAACACCCAGGACAGGAUUUCACUUCCUCAUAAACUUGUAUUUCUUAUACAAUUAUUCACUGCAACUGGAGACUGGAUUAUUUAGUGGACGACCUGCAGAUUACUUCUUCAUGUUAUUAUUCAACUGGAUCUGCUGUGUCAUCAUUGGGCUCCUUGCUGAUUUUCCUUAUUUAAUGGAUCCCAUGGUACUUAGUGUACUGUAUGUCUGGUGCCAACUGAAUAAGGACACAGUUGUAAAUUUCUGGUUCGGAACCCAGUUCAAGGCAAUGUACCUACCCUGGGUUCUUCUUGGGUUCAACUUGAUCAUUGCUGGAGGUGGUGUCAUGGAGCUUGUUGGAAUUGUUGUGGGACAUUUGUAUUUUUUCCUGACUAUUCAAUAUCCUCAAGAAUUUGGUGGUCCUUUACUUUUGACUACCCCACAAUUUCUGUACAAAUAUUUCCCGAACCAAAGAAGCGGAGUUCAAGGAUUCGGCACGGCACCGCAGCCCAGAGCCGAAUUCAGGCCAAAUGUAGAUGCAGGUCCUCAUCGCUAUGAUUGGGGCCGUGGAAAUGUUUUAGGUGGACAAAAUUAAUCACCGACACAAUUUUGUUUGAUGUUCUGUAUGUUUAAGAACGAAAUUAAUCCUUUUGUCAUCAAUUUCUGAAAAGUGGUUGCUUUCGUUUACGUUAAAAAAAAAUAAUAAUAAAAAAA